AUGGCCAACAGAACAAACUCCUCUGAGUAUUUCUGGUCAUAUGAAUAUUACUGGGAUUAUAUAGAUCCAAUUCCAGUAGAUGGAAGCAAGUUGAAGGUUAAUAAAUAUUCUAUUGUCAUAGCCUUUUGGGUUGGGCUUGCUGCAUUUGUGACGUUCCUUUUCCUUAUUUUACUGUGUAUGUCCCGCUCUGGAUCAACUCCACUAAAGUCAAUUGCAACAGUUGCUUCAUUCCUGGAACUGGGGAACUAUUUUGGACAUUUGACAGCUCAGGAGUUUUGGUCCCUAGGACAGAAAAACAUCUAUAGCAAUAUCCUAGACCUCACAUGA